AUGGGAGGAGAGAAGAUGGUGCGAAUGGAAGAUGAAUUGAAUGAAAGGCCGGAAUGUGUGCGGACUGAAAUAAAGGUGUAUGUGAAUGAGAAUGGAAGGAUAACGUUGCGGCCGUCUAGUAAGAGACUGUCUGUUGAGUUAAGCAAGCUGGAGGGAAGUGUGUAUGACGUUGGGAGCAACGAAUGGACGAUACGCGAAGACGAGUACAUGGCGAUUAGAAAGAUUUUGAGAAGCCAUGGGUUUGUGUUUGGAGACAUUCCGAGAGGUGUGCUUGAUGCAAGUAGAAGGAGGCAUGAAGGCAGUGGGUUUGAGCUUAUAGGAUCUGUUUAUGAUAUGCUACUUCCAUUUCAGCGAGAAGGAGUUCUACGUGUGCUGGAGAUGGGAGGGCGAGCGAUUCUUGCGGAUGACAUGGGGCUGGGUAAGACUAUUCAAGCAUUGGCUGUCUCAUACUACUAUAGGUCUGAGUGGCCUUUGCUGAUUAUUGCGCCUGCAUCAUUGCUUGAAGAUUGGGUUGAUGCAUGCAAAAGGUUUCUUCAUGUGAAUGCAAAGAUUAUCAAGAAGAGCGGGGAGGAGGAGGGAGAGGCAUGGAUAGCAAGCUAUGAAACUGUUACUGCUGGUGUACAGAUGAUGAGUGGGAUCAAAGUGGUGGUGGUUGAUGAAUGCCAUUACCUGAAAGGAAUGGACUCUAAAAGAACAAAGGCAAUAGUUCCACUGCUUCAGAAGGCAAGCAGAGCACUGAUGCUGUCAGGAACACCAGCAGUUAGCAGGCCAUUGGAGCUGUAUCCGAUUUUGUUGGCGCUUGACAAGACAAUGUUUCCACGUUUCAAUGAGUAUGGCGUAAGGUAUUGCAAUGGAAGAAAGGUUGGCAACUGGUACGAUUAUAAAGGAUGCAGCAAUGCAGAGGAGUUGAAUUAUGUGCUGAAGAAGUGUUUUAUGAUAAGAAGAACGAAAGACGAGGUGCUGAGCCAGCUACCGGCAAAGUCCAGAAGGCAAGUGUAUCUACAAUGCUGUAGAAUGCAGCAUGAGCAACAGAAGGAGUUGCUAAGUGACGAUGUUGACUCAAGCGUUGUAGUGCAGUAUCGAGAGGCAGUUGGAUUGAAGAUGAAUCAAGUGAAAGAGUACUUGGGGACGGUGGUGAAGAGUGGAGUUAAGUUUGUUGUUUUCUGCCACCAUAUAGAGAUGAUAGAUGGGCUGAAUGUGUUUUUUGAGUCGUUGGGUGUUGUCAUGAUUAGGAUUGAUGGAGCAACGCCAAGCAGCAGCAGGCAUUUGCUGGUGAAGAAGUAUCAGGAGGAUGACGAAGUGCGAGUGGCGCUGCUGAGCAUUACUGCAUGCAGUACGGGACUUACGCUUACUGCAGGAAAGCUCGUAGUGUUUGCAGAGCUGUAUUGGAAUCCUGGUGUGCUUCUGCAGGCAGAGGAUAGGAUACAUAGGAUUGGGCAGAAGAGCAAUGUUGAUGUUGUUUAUCUUGUUGCGAAAGGAACAAUCGAUGAGUAUGUGUGGCCGAAGCUUUUGUCGAAGCUGAAUGUUCUUGAGUCCUUGGGAAUAGGAAGGAAUCAGUUUAGGAGCAUUGGAAUGGUCAAGAAGAUUGCGGGGCAAACGAGCUUGUAUGAGUUUGACAUUAAAAAGGCAAGAAGAUUGUAA